AGUGAUUUGUUUCCCUCGCUGUCUGAAGAAAGGAACAUCCUCCUCUCAGAUUAUUUUCCCGAGAGAAUUUAGGAAAGAAAGAGAAGAGAAGAGAGAGAACCAAGCCCCGAGACAAAAUAUCUCUUCGCCGUCGUCAAGAUGGCGGAGGAUUUCGCAAGGGCGGUGGAAGAUGGUCUCAAACUCGCGAAACGCAUUUAUCUCGGUAACGAUCGCGCCGUCGCGGCGCCGAGGCUAGCGGCGCCGAUGGAGAGAACCUCCACGGCGCAGGCCUACCUUCCUUCGUCCCCCAUGGUCUACGCAGUUAUACCCGACCCGGGAAUAGUGGAUAAUCCUGACCUACCUAGCUACCAGCCUCACGUGCACGGCAGGUGCGACCCACCGGCUCUGAUUCCUCUCCAGAUGAACGCUAUAGAGCUCGACAUCGAUUGUUAUCUCGACAGGGCUCUCGUCACCGUGACCGGAACGUGGCGUGUCCACUGCGUCAUGGGAAGCAAGAGAUGCGAUUGCCGUAUCGCUGUUCCUAUGGGAGAACAUGGUUCGAUUCUAGGUGUUGAGGUUGAGAUUACUAGAAAGUCUUACGCAACGCAACUGAUCGCGGCUCAAGAUGGUAACGAGUUGGAGAAAACGACGCAACCUCAAAGUGGAGGGUUCUUGAAACCAAACAUAUUCACUCUUAUAAUACCACAGGUUGAUGGAGGUACCAACCUCUCUAUCAAGAUGUCUUGGUCACAGAAGUUGACGUAUAACGAAGGAGAGUUCUUCCUAGACAUUCCUUUUAACUUUCCUGAGUAUGUGACUCCUGCUGUAAAGAAAAUCUCCAAGAGGGUGAAGAUUUACUUGAGUGUUGACGCCGGUACUGGAACAGAAGUUCUCUUCAAAAGAUGCAGUCAUCAACUUAAGGAGAAAAUGAGGAACUCAGGGACGUUGAGGUUUUCAUAUGAAGGAGAUGUUUUGAAAUGGUCAAAUGCAGAUUUUAGCUUUUCUUUUACGGCCUCUUCAAGUAAUAUAGUUGGUGGACUUUUUCUUCAAUCUGCGCCAGUUCACGAUGUGGAUCAGAGAGAUGUAUUUUCGUUCUACCUUUUCCCAGGAAAGCAGCAAAAAACUAAGGCAUUCAAGAGGGAAGUUGUGUUUGUUGUUGAUGUAAGUAAAAGCAUGGCUGGAAAACCUCUAGAAGAUGCAAACAAUGCGAUAUCAACAGCUCUAUCUAAGCUUAGUCCUGGAGAUUCCUUCAACAUCAUCACUUUCAGUGAUGAUACUUCUCUCUUUUCAACCUCAAUGGAGUUAAUUACUUCAGAUUCUGUUGAAAGAGGCAUUGAGUGGAUGAACAAGAACUUUGCUGUCUCUGAUGGUACCAACAUGCUCCCUCCCCUAGAGAAGGCUGUGGAAAUGCUUUCGAACACACGUGGCUCGGUUCCUAUGAUCUUCUUUGUAACAGAUGGGUCUGUUGAAGAUGAGAGACACAUUUGUAAUGUAAUGAAGAAACGUCUUGCUAGUUCUGGAUCAGUGCCUCCACGGAUACACACUUUUGGGCUAGGUGUAUUCUGUAAUCACUACUUCCUGCAAACGCUUGCAAAUCUAUCAAGAGGCCAGCAUGAAUCAGUUUAUAACACAGAUCAUAUCGAGGAACGGUUAGACAAAUUGUUUACAAGGGCUUUAUCCACUGUUCUUUUGAAUAUAACGAUUGAGCCUCUGCAGGUUCUUGAUGAAGUUGAGGUAUACCCUUCAAAAAUUCCUGAUCUGACGUCCUCAAGUCCAUUGAUGAUAUAUGGGAGAUACAGAGGAAAGUUCCCUGAGAAUGUGAAAGCCAAUGGUCUUCUAGGAGAUUUUAGCAGCUUCUCUGUGGAGUUGACUGUACAACGUGCAAAAGACAUGCCUCUUGAUAAAGUGUUUGCAAAGAAUGUGAUUGACUUGCUUACUGCUGAGGCAUGGUUCUUGGAAGACAAACAGCUAAAAGAAAAGGUUACUAAACUAAGCAUCCAAACAGGCGUACCAUCUGAGUAUACUAGAAUGAUCCAGCUGGAGAACACAGAAGAAGCAUCCAAACAAAGUGACACUGGUGGAAAGAAAAAGAUAGCGAGCAAUGGCGAGAAACAGAAGAUGAUAUCAAGAACAAUCCCACUACAAAACUUUAGUAUAGGCUUUGGUGAUAUAACAGCUACAAGAGAGAAUGUUCCACCAGGAUAUGGAGAGCAGAGAGCACCUGAUGCUGCUGAGAAGUUCGUGAAGGCUGCCUCGAGCUGUUGUGUCUCCUUGUGCAACAAAUGCUGCUGCAUGUGUUGUGUCCAAUGCUGCACCAAGCUCAAUGAUCAAUGUGUCCUUGUCUUCACACAGCUCUUCACAGCGCUAGCUUGCAUCGCCUGCUUUGAAUGUUGCACAAAUGUUUGCUGUGCAUGUGGUGGAGAACACUAGUUAUAAGAAAAGGAAAAAAGAUUUUAAAAAGCUUCAAAGUAAGUUUGUACAUUUACGUUACACACACACGACAUGUAAUUUCUGUACGGCCUGGUCAUACAUAAAAUAUUUACUUCA